UAGAAAACAUUCAGAGAGAAAAAAAAAAUCUGAAAUUAAUUCAUUCAAAAACUCCAUAAACGUAUCGACUCACCGAGUUGUUCUGUUAAAACUCGGUGGCCGUAAAAAUAAAAUAAAAUAUUAACAAUGGAGAAAUCAACACCUGCACGGAAUUCGAGAACAUGCACGGCGGAUCUGCUGAAUUGGUCGUCGGAGGUUCCGACGCCGUCGUCCGUUUCUCGUUCUCGUCAGCCUUCUAAUGGAAUCGGUAAGGUGUUGUUUGGAGGAGAUGUUACUGAUGAGGAAGCUGAAAGCUUGUAUAAAAGGAGACCUUCUUCAGGGUAUAAACUGAAGGAGAUGAACGGCAGCAAUAUAUUUUCUGCUGGUGGUAAGGAUGUUGCAUCAGAAUCUGGACCUGUUAACGGUAAUGCUAACAUCAGAACAUCCGUGCGGAUCGUUCAGCAAGGUGCAAAUGGGAAAAGCCAGAUUUCUUUUGGUACUGAAGAGAAGAUCUCCCAGAAGACGCCUACUGAAGUAGAAAAGCAGGACGAGCUGAGUGGAGACCAAGAGAGCAAGACAGGUAGCCUUUCAUUAAGUACGGUAGAAAAUAUCUCCGAGGAAAUGCCUAUCACUCUAACAGAAGUGGAAAAGCAACAUGAGCUGAGUGGAAAUCAAGAAAGCAAGAUUCGUAGCAAGGUGAAGAAGCAGUUGUCGGAAGCAAAGAGCAAGGAACUUAGUGGAAGUAACAUCUUUGGACCUCCCAUAGAAGUUCCUCCAAGAUCAUCAAAAGUUGCACGUUCAUUGCAACCCGAAGAAAGCAAAGACAUGGGUGAACCUGCUCCACGAGUUGUGCGCACAUCUGUCAAGGUUUCUAAUCCUUCUGGUGGUCAAAGUAGUAUCUUGUUUGGCGGUGAGCCUGUUGUGGAGCCAGUAAAGAAAAUACAUAACCAGAAAGUUGCAGAGUUGAACGGCAAUGGCAUUUUCAAGGGAGACGCUGUCACUCCUCCUGGAUCUUCCGAGAAGUCACUGAGCAGGUCUAAGCUGAGAGAAAUGAGUGGUAGCGGUAUAUUCUCCGAUGGUAAAGCUGAAUCCAGAGUUUGCUAUGGUGGCGUUCGUAAACCACCAGGUGGAGAGAGCAGCAUCAGAUUAUUUUAAGUAAACGAUCACAUCAUACUGCCCGAUACUUAUGUUAACCUGUAAAUGCAAACACUUCGUCUCUGCAUCUGUCUAGUAAAACCUUCUACGCAAUGUGGUUUAGGAAUGAGGAUUGUAAAUUUUAAAAGUGUCAUAUAGACAAUAUUUACACCCUCAUUUUGAUUCAAAAUACAGGAAUAUUAUCCUACUAUAGCACUACUUUUCUGGAUAGUAUUCAUUAUAGUUGAUUGACUAGUACCAUGGGUUGCAGUGCACUCGUUAACUUAUGUAUAUAUACAUACGUAUACAAGAAUUGAGGCAUUGUUGUUACUCUCUU